CUUCAAAUUUUGAUUGGUAGUGAGAGAUGCAAGGUUUCACAUAUAUAUACACAUGAUCAUCAAGCUCUUGGUUGCAUUAAUUCACUACCUCCAUGAAACCAUGGCCGUCCAAAGCAUCAUAACAACACCCCUUUUGGUUAUUCUCAUGAGCCUUCGUUCUUAUGCAUUCACUGAACCUUCUUUACAUAGGCAGCAGCCACCGUCCAAGGGUGGUGUUAGAGCAGCAUAUUGGCCUGCAUGGUCUGAUUUCUCAACCUCUUCCAUUGACACAAACUACUUCACUCACAUAUACUACGCCUUUGUCCAACCUGCACCAGAAUCCUUCAACCUCGAAAUCACUGAAUCCUACAAGAAGUGGGCCCCUAAGUAUGAUGGUAUCCAUAACAUCCGCCCGCGGGUGACGACGCUGCUGUCCAUCGGAGGGGGUGGCAACAACGCAACCCUCUUCUCAGAGAUGGCUAGCAGCAAACAAAACCGUGCGAGCUUCAUAAACUCCACCAUCCACGUGGCGCGAAAGCACGAGUUCAACGGUCUUGACUUGGAUUGGGAGUGGCCAGGAGAUGAAAAAGACAUGUCUAACCUUGCGUUGUUGUUAAAGGAAUGGUACAAGGCUUUGGUGGUGGAAGCUAACACUAGUAGAAAAUCACGUUUGCUUUUAACUUCUGCUGUGUAUUUUAACUCCACGAUUUCACUUAUAGGUAAUGGGCCUAGGUCGUACCCGGUUCGAGCCAUUCGGAAGUACUUGGAUUGGGCUAGCCCAAUGUGUUUUGAUUACAAUGGCGCGUGGGCCAACGAAACGGGCUUUAACGCGGCGUUGUAUGACCCGAAUUCUAACAUAAGCACCAAGUAUGGUAUCGGGUCUUGGAUCGGGUCGGGUGUGCCGGCCGAGAAACUGGUUAUGGGUUUGCCGCUAUACGGGCGGGCGUGGGAGCUGAAGGAUCCGAAUGAUCAUGGGGUUGGGGCAAAAGCGGUUGGUCCAGCAGUUGAUACAGAUGGUAGUAUGGACUAUGAUGAAAUCUUGGUGUUUAAUAAAGACACUGGUGCCAAGGUUGUGUAUGAUGAAGUGGCUGUGUCAUUCUACUCUUAUUCGGGCACUACUUGGAUCGGGUAUGAUGAUGGACCCUCCAUAACGAAGAAGGUUCAAUUUGCUCGGUCAAUGGGCUUGAAGGGGUAUUUCUUUUGGGCUAUUGGGAAGGACAAGGAUUGGACCAUCUCAAAACAAGCUUCAAAUGCAUGGGGAUACUGAGGGCAAUAUAUGUUAUUCCAAGCUUCAUAUAAUGCUAGCUCAACCUUCAUAAUUGAUAACUGAUUAGAUCAUAUAUAAAUUUAUUUUGUCGCUACAUUGUUAAAUAAUAUCAGUGUUACGUACAUUAGUGAAUACUAUGAUUUUCGAUGAAAA